CGACUGCGCAUUCAACAAAGCCCUGAGGUAAAAUUGGAUCCAGAAGACCGCAAUGGCCGGUUCAGCUGUCAUCUGCUGUCGACUCUCGAUCAUUCCAUUCUACUGAAUUACCACCGUGGAGUCGGCAUGAUAACCAUCGAUUCGGAGUAACGUAUUCUCAACUCGCUGAAAAGUUUAACGGCUAGGGUUCAAGGCUUACGGACUCGUGUUAUAUGUAUCUGCAUAUAUGUAUUCUUGGGCUUCUUUGACGGAAUUUGGAACUACUGAUUGGACGCCUUCUUGCCGCUUUUCGGACACAUGAACACAAUAUAUACGACGACGACUUCUACUCGCUCUUUUAUACGUCCUUAUCUCUUUCCCUGAUGGCGUCGGCAAGCGAUGAGAAAAUUGCAACAGAAGAAAAGAGUAAUGUCCAUCAUCUCACACAAGUCUCUGUCAAUCAAGUGGAUACUGGAGCGGUACUUGUAAUCGGUAAAACCGGGCACUUGAGCCGUUCCGAGGCCAUAAGAAUCAGGAACAAAAUAGACCGUCAUAUCAUUCCCCUGAUGUGCCUGCUGUAUGCAAUCCAAUACAUGGACAAAGCCACAUUAGGAAAUGCCGCCGUCCUAGGUCUCCUUAAAGAUACACAUCUAAGUACUGACCAAUAUAACUGGCUCAGCACCAUCUUCUAUCUUGGUUAUCUUGUUUUCGAAUUCCCGCAGAAUCUCUGUCUGCAGCGCCUUCCCGUUGGGAAAUGGUUGAGCUUCAAUAUCUUGGUUUGGGCCGUAGCGUUAUGUAUGCACGCAGCAUGCAAAAAUUUCGCCGGUCUCUUCGUCGUCCGAUUGAUCCUGGGUAUGUGUGAAGGUUGCAUCACAACGGGAUUCAUGAUUGUCACCUCCAUGUUCUAUACACGAACGGAGCAGACAUUAAGGGUCGGGUACUGGUUCUUAAUGGAUGGUAGCUCACAAGUAAUCGCCGGCUUCAUUAGCUUCGGGACCUUGCACAUGAAAACCAAUUCAUUGACAGCCUGGCAAUGGCUUAUGAUAAUUUUCGGCGUAUUGACCAUAGUGACUGCAGUCAUUUUCUGGUUCCUUUUUCCAGAUUCUCCUACGAACGCGUGGUUCCUUACCCCGGAAGAGCGCUCUUCUGCGGUUCAGCGAAUAAAGGAAAAUCAAACAGGUAUCGAGAACAAACAUUUCAAGAAAGAACAAAUGAUAGAAGCCCUAACGGAUAUCAAAACAUGGUUAUUCGCUCUCUUCUCCAUGUUAGCCAACAUCCCGAAUUCGCUCUCUAAUCAGCGACAGCUAAUUAUCUUGUCCUUUGGUUUCUCCAACCUUAACACCACUCUCCUGGGCUGUGUUCCCGGUGCUGUAGCGGUCAUUGCAGUUUGGAGCGGUACAAACAUAGUAGCGCGGAUUCCAAACAGCCAAGCGUGGGUCGGUGUGAUAUACCUGAUACCGAAUCUCGUUGCUGUGUUCUUGAUGCUCUUUCUAAGCUGGGAUAAUAAAGUUGGUCUGUUACUGACACUGUUCUUCGCCGGUCUCGGGGUCACCGCUUUCGUUCUUUCGCUUUCUUGGCUGUCGAGCACUACGGCAGGACACACGAAGAAAGUAGUCGUCAACGCUAUCAUGUUAUCUGCUUAUUGUAUCGGUAAUGCGGUCGGUCCUUUCAUGUGGCAAGAGAAAUACAAGCCUCGCGAUCGUGUACCCUGGAUAGUCAUCGGUGUUUGCGUUAUUUUUCGGAUUCUGACUCUGCUCACCAUUCGGUACCUGCUAUCGGCUGAAAAUCGACGUAGGGAUACCGAAUGCGUUGAUUCUGUUUAUGACGAUGUGUAUAUUGAGCGGGUGAAAGAGGACGGUGUUAUGGAGAAGGUUCGUGUUGACAAGGAAUUUUUGGAUUUGACGGACAAGCAGAAUCGAGAUUUCAGAUACGUCCUCUAGUAGGUACACUUCAGGAGGAUUUAGGCAUUUUGUGCUGGACAGGAUCUGCAGGCACACAUUAAGAGUACAUGUUGGGCCAUACGAUAACUAUGAUAAUGUUUUAACUUGUGUAUAUUUCUGGCUGUCA